AUGAACACUGCUCCGGUGGAGAGGUACACCAGCUUCCCUGACCUCAACUACGGACAGGAAGAGUUGCCGAGUAGCUCAUCUGUUGAUUGGAAGGUUGAUAUCUGCCAGUUGACGGUGAACACGCUCAUCCUUUCAUGGGCUUCCCUGCUUAAAUCCUUUACUGGCCAUGAGAACCCCGUUUUUUGCUUUAACGGACAAGCAAUUAAAGCAGAUCUCGCUGCCAAGGAUUUCCGGGCCAUUGAUCUGGAGGGAAAUAUACAGGGUCAAUGGACAUUUACAGGGAUUUUUACCAUUGAUGCAAGAUUUGCAACCACAAUCCUCUCUCGUUUUUCAGAUUACCAUUUGCUGACUACUGCCUCAGGCAAAAAUAACCCCCGCUGGAUGCAAUCUGGCCAAAUCAUACAUGAACAACAUUUCGAAUCGAAACCUGGAACUUGCCGAUACGUUGAUAUAAGACCUGAUUUGUCCAUCCUGAACCCUAAUCCAGAAUUUCUCCCAGGACCCAGCCUGCUUCAUGAUCUCGUGCGAUUGGAAGGAUGCCAAAACGACUUAGCGAUAGAAUUUCUCAAUAGCGAUAGGAGGAGGAGUAGCCUGUCAUUCGAAUCACUUCAUUUCUCUUCAACUAAAUUGUCUCUACGGCUGGUCGCCGCUCUGGAAUCUCUUCCAACUCCAAGCAAGCGAAAUCCAGUCAUACCACUGCUCUUGCCCCAGUCCGUCCACCUUUAUGUUGCCUGGCUGGCUAUCUUGAAAGCAGGAGCUUCUGUAUGUCCUCUUAGUUUGGACACCCCACCUGAACGAGUAAAUUUUAUCGCGAACGAUGUCUGUGCCGAUGUUAUCAUAACCACACAGUCGUUGUCAAGCAGACUUGAUCAUCUCGACAGAACUAUCCAUAUCAUCACAGUGGAUGAUGGCGAUCCGAAUGUAUUCAAGAGUGAAGAGGUCCAACUUCCUCAAGUGUAUACGGAUGACAUCGCAUAUCUGGAAUAUACUUCUGGCUCUACUGGUCUCCCAAAAGGGGUUGCCGUUUCUCACCGUGCAGCUACCCAAGCAUUACUUGCCCAUGAUAAAUGGAUCCCAUCAUUCAAGAGGUUCCUACAGUUCGCCUCUCCAACCUUUGACGUCUCGAUAUUUGAGAUUUUUUUCCCCCUGUUCAGGGGCGCUACUCUUGUAGGGUGCGAUAGAAAUCUAAUGUUGGGUAACCUCCCUGGAAUCAUAACGGAGUUAGAUGUGGAUGCUGCAGAGCUCACCCCAACUGUUACCAGAGAAUUACUCCACAAACGAGCUGCUGCUCCGUGUUUAAAAGUUCUACUAACGAUUGGUGAGAUGUUAACUAGAGGCGUGGUUGAUGAAUUUGGGGGCUCUCCAGAUAACGAUGGCAUCCUUUAUGGGAUGUAUGGUCCGACUGAAGCUUCCAUCCAUUGCACUAUUGCCCCGAAAGUUCUAGUAGACUCACGGGUUGGAAAUAUCGGCGUUCCACUUCAGACAGUCUCGGCUUUUAUUAUUUCAUUAGAGACUCCCACUUUUUGUCCGGGAGAUGGGCCCAAGAUUCUUCCGAUUGGACACGUUGGUGAGCUCGCAGUUGGUGGUCACCAACUUGCGGAAUGUUAUGUGAACCGCGAUGAAGAAACCCGGAAGGCCUUUUUAGAUACUACGCUAUAUGGAAGAAUAUAUCGCACCGGUGAUAAAGCUCGCUUGCAUCCCUCCGGAGAAUUGGAAUGUCUAGGGAGAAUCUCGGCCGGUCAGGUAAAACUCAGAGGACAACGCAUUGAGCUUGGUGAGAUCGAACGUGUAAUCUACAAAGUGCCGGGCAUUUGUAGUGCGGUAGUGAGUGUGUUAAAAGGUAUAUUGGUGGCAUUUGUGUCGGUGGACAAAACAUUUACAGGGAUUCAUGGCAUAACUCGAAUAUGCCAAGACUGGUUACCGAAAUUUAUGGUGCCUGGAGAUGUGGAAGUGCUGGAUCACCUUCCUCGGCUCCCUUCAGGGAAAGUCGACAAGGCAACUCUGGAAAGCACCUAUCUUGCGCGGAGAUAUUCCCAACACACUACGGCCACUGAGUUCGACGAUGAUAUUCAACGAAGCGUAGCUUCAUGUGUGGAAGGUGUUUUAUAUUCGAACGUCAGUAAGUCGGCUAGUCUAGCCGCUGCCGGCCUUGAUUCUCUUAAAGCAAUCAAACUCUCUUCCGUUUUACGAAAUGCAGGAAUAAAUGUCGACGUUCUGGGGAUUCUAGAAGCUGACUCCAUUGAGGGAAUAUCAUCCCUUUCCCGUCAACACGAUGAUGCUGAGGCUCCGGCAACAACCUUGGGGAAUUUCGUGUCUGAUGACUGGAAAGUCGUUGUGAACUCUGCAUUAGAUGACAUAAAGACAAAUGGUUACUCCGCCGAUUACGUGGACAUCGUUCCUUGCAGCCCUGUUCAAAUCGCCAUGCUCUCAGAAAGUAUGAGGGAUCCCAAGGCAUACUUUAAUUGGAUAGAGUUACAAUUCCACAGGGGGAUCGGAAUACUUGAUAUUAAGAAUGCAUUUUAUGAGAUUGCAUCACAAAAUGAGAUCCUGAGGUCUGGUUUUAUUCCAACUGAUCACAUUAGCAAUCCCCAUGUCCAGGUGAUCUGGAGUAGAAUGAUGGAAGAUCAGGUUCAGGAAGUAUCCGAGUUGAGAUAUGACCAACACUUGAAUAUCGAAUCUCGCUUACUACGCCCUUUGCGUAUCGAUUUCACUGAGAAAGAUGGCUUAGUUCAUGCGCUCGUCCAUAUCCAUCACGCUCAAUACGAUGGAUGGUCAUGGGAUCAGAUUUUGAAUGAUAUUGAAGAUCUAUUAUCCUCGAGGACAAUAAGACCGCGGCCGCAAUAUCGAUUAUUUACGGACUACUACCUGACUCGUAUCAGCUCGGAGGACCGAGAAAGUGCGAUCCACUAUUGGCAAGACCAGCUGGAGGGCAUCAAAUCGAACCCUUGGCCAAACUUCCAGGAUACAUCUGAUACCCUGUUUGGUCUUCGAACUGCCCAACGACUCCUAAAAGUUAACGUGGAAGAACUUGAUGUCGCGGUACGAACCCUUCGUGUUAGUCGGCAGGCGAUAUUUCAGGCUGCGUUUGGUUAUCUUCUCAGUGCAUACAAUGGGAAUCAUGACACUAUUUUCGGAUUUGUCUCCUCUGGACGCACCCGUCCUAUAGACGAUAUCGAAAAUAUCAUAGGACCUUGUGUGACAACAAUCCCAAUGAGAUUUAACCUGGACAAAUUGCGCACCGUUCGCGAUCUCAUUGGAGCAAUCCAUAACUUAAAUCGAAAGUCCCUUAAAUAUGACUUCUUGCCCCUGUCUGAUAUAAAGCAGGCUUCUGGAAUUGAUCCUGGUGUCUCCCUAUUUGAUAGUCUGUUUGUUUGGCAGGAGACCAUAAGUGAAGGGAAACCACAUUCCCCGCUGGUUACACAAAUCAAGACCGGAGAUUUCCUUGAAUUUACCAUGACUCUUGAGCUUGAAAUUCAGGGGGAGAAUGUAGCUGCGAGAGCCAAUUUUCAACAAUCAAUUCUUCCGGAUAGCCAGGUUGAUAUUUUUCUCCACCAGAUAGAACAGCUUGCGUUAAUUUUUAUCAAUACCCCAGAGUUGCUUUUGAGAAAUAUUAACGACUACCUACCUAACUCUACGUUAUCUAUUGAGAAUCUUAAUUUUAUGAAACAGUCCGACUUACCGGGCUUGGCGGAUGGAGUGGAAAAAAUUGCCAGCAUAGAUCCAGAAAGAGCGGCAAUCGAGUUUCUGGACGCUUUUGAUCCAUAUAUAGGUACAACAAGCAUAACAAAACUGACCUAUGGUGGUCUGGACAUCCGCUCGAAUCAAAUAGCUAAUUACCUUCGCUCCUGUGGACUUUCGCCAAAUGACCUCGUUUCUAUGUUCCUGGAAAAAUCCAUCAAUCUAUACGUCGCCAUCCUAGCAGUAAUAAAGGCCGGUUGUGGUUAUGUUCCGAUCACGCCUCAAACCCCCGUUAACCGCGUUCACACAAUUAUAAAUGAAGCGAAAUGUUCGUUUUGCGUCACUGAUUCCUCUCUGAUAUCCAAGUUACGGAAUAUAAGGACUACAGAGAUUAUAGCCAUCGAUAACAUAAAUUUUGAUAACCUCCCAGGGAAUCGACCUGAAGUCGAGGUUUCUGAUUCGUCAGUUGCCUAUUGCACUUUUACUUCAGGGAGCACGGGCAAACCAAAGGGAGUUCUCAUCUCGCACCACAAUUUGCAAAGCAAUAUUGCGGUGUUGUCAGAAAUAUACCCCAACCCGCCUCGUUCGAGAUUACUGCAAUCAUGUUCUCAUGCUUUUGAUGUUUCUGUUUUCGAGAUAUUCUAUUCGUUGACCAGGGGUAUGACGUUAUGUUCAGCAAUCAACGAUGUUUUAUUCCGAGAUAUAGAGCAAGCCAUUCGUGCUAUGAAUGUUACUCACCUCAGCCUUACCCCGACUGUUGCGUCCCUUCUCAAUCCCGACAAUAUUCCAAAAGUCAAAUUUCUAGUUACUGCUGGGGAAGCAAUGACGGAAAAGGUUUUUAAAUCUUGGGCUGGGAGGGGGGUUUAUCAAGUAGGUUACGGCCCAAGCGAAACCACGAAUAUUUGCACAGUGCAACCUGAUCUGAAACCCACCGACUUGAUCAACAACAUUGGCCGGCCAUUCAAAAACACCUCUGCAUUUGUCAUUUCAGGAGAGGAAGGCUUUACAUUGCUACCCAGAGGUGCAGUUGGUGAAUUUUGCUUUGGUGGUGAACAAGUGGGGUGCGGAUAUCUCAACAUGCCUGACCUCACAAGGAGUAAAUUUAUUUGCCAUCCGCAAUACGGGAGAAUAUACAGAUCCGGUGACUUUGGACGCAUGCUUUCUAAUGGAUCAUUAGUAUUUACUGGACGCAGGGAUGAUCAAGUUAAACUACGGGGCCAACGCAUUGAACUUGGCGAGAUUAAUCGUGCUCUAUUACAGGACCCGGAAGUUAGCGACUGCACAACAUUGAUUAUCGGAGAUGCGUUUAAUGAAAAACAGCAGUUGAUAUCCUUCUGGGUGCCGGCAUUGCAACAUGGGAGCAACUUUUCAACUUUUGAAGAUCGAUCUAAAAUACUUCGACUGUUUGACCACAUUGGAACCAUACUUCCAGGCUAUAUGGUUCCAUCCAUGCUUAUCCCGAUUCAAGCCAUACCGAUGACGACAUCUGGAAAAACCGAUAAGGAUGGGUUGCUCAAACAUUUCCAGGGUUUAGACCCAGAAGCUCUGCACCUGUCGUCCUCUGAAGUUGAAGCGCUCAGCGAUAAAGGAAUAUUUUCACAUGUUGAGAUGAAAGUCGCGGAAGCCGUGGCUAAAGUCACUCAAACCCCAUUAACAGAUAUCGCGCUUCACACCUCGUUUUAUAGCCUCGGGCUUGAUUCUAUCUCGGCGAUAACUUUGUCGAGAAAUUUAAAAGUAAAUGGGUUUGGACAGGUAGAUGUUUCAACUAUAAUGAAACACAACACCGUAUAUCGGCUUUCGAAGAAGUACCUCGAGUGCAAUAACCAACUAAGGAAGAAAAAGAGCACACCAAAUAUCCAUGAACUAUUUUCCGCUGAGUUUAAGGAACGAGUACGAAAGGGUGCCGAAAUGUUUGGAGGCCAAAUUCGAAAAAUAUUGCCAUGUACGCCGUUGCAAGAAGCGAUGCUUAUGCGAAGAAGCACCGACAAGUACAUGGCUUACUAUAACAGGCUCCUUUUCGAGGUUAGAGAUGUUGCCAAACUAAAACACGCUUGGGACACAAUGGUUCGGAGGCACGAUAUUCUUCGGUCGUAUUUCACCUCUACAGACGAUGCUCGGUUUUCCUUUGCUCAGAUUGUUUUGGAAUCCAUUGAUCUUCCAUGGAAGGAACUUAUUACAACAACCGACAAACUUCAUGAUCGUAUUGAGGAUGAGGAGCUUGAACUCACGAACAGCAAGGAAAAUAUCGUACCUUAUUCAUUUGUGGUAUUUCGAAUCGCUAAUGAAGGUAAUAAAAUGCUACUUAUGUUUCUAAUCCAUCACGCUUUGUAUGAUGCGGAGGCCAUGGCGCAGCUUCUGUGUGAAGUCGAGCAUGUUUCGUUUGGAAUAGACCUACCACCGGUCAUUCCUUUCGAUUUAUACCUCGAGCAAAUGGUUAGCAUGGAUAUAGAAGAAACUGACCGAUUCUGGAAUUCCCAUCUCUCUGAUUUAUCGCCGUCUCAUCUGCUUAACCUUCAACCUCGCACUGAUACCGACGGAUUACGGAAAUUUCGAUCUGUCGAGACUGGUUUCAAUAUAUCUCUUAGCAAGGUUGUGGAAACAUGUAAAAACAUGUCAAUCACUCUCCUCAGUUUAGUACAAGCGGCAUGGGCGAAGCUAUUGUUUUGCUAUACCGAAACAUCUGAUAUUUGCUUCGGAAACGUAUUUAAUUGUCGAAGCAUCCCUGUUGAUGGAGCUGAGCACAUCAUUGGUCCAUGUCUCAACACUCUUCCGAUACGAAUUAAAGCGCAUGCAAACACAGUGAACCUAGAUCUUGCCAAGAUCUUACAGCAAUAUAAUGCAGAUGUGAUGCCUUAUCAGUUAACUUCUCUUCGUCGUUUACAAUCUCAAUUUGGCAGAACAACGUCUCUACUUUUCGAUACUUUGGUUCUUCUACAAAGUUGUCCUCGCCCGUUAAAUGAUAAGUUAUGGAGUCCGGUUGAAGAAAAAGGAGAUAUGGAUAUACCCCUUGUGUCAGAGGUCAUUCCUGACAACGAAUUUGAUGUAUUGUGUAUAAUUUUACAUUACGAUGAUUCGUAUUUCGUUCCAAAAGAUAUGGAUAUUAUGCUUGGUGGUUUCAUGGAGCUUAUUCAUCAUAUUCUUUUCUACCCAUUUGGCAGAGCUAUGGAUUCAAGUGUUGUUCGGCUUGGUCUUCCAUCGUUUAUACAUGAACACCGCCGGCGUCUAACGGAUGCUGUUGGAGAUGCUAAUGGGACCAUCUUUAGCAAGGACGUGGGACUGAAUUCAGCUUCUGAGACAUUGGCUUCCGAAAUCCGACAAGUUCAAAAAGUGCUAUCGAAUUUAUCAAAAAUUGAGCUGGCGUACAUUAAGCCUCACACCACAAUAUUCCAAUUGGGUCUUGAUAGUAUAAACGCCGUUCAAAUUUCUGGCCAAUUUAAGGCCCUCGGACACGACAUAUCCGUGAACGAUAUUCUUGAGAACCCUUCUGUGAGCGAACUCGCGUCACUCUUCUCCCGACAGAAAGGUAAUGGCGAUAAAGGUAUUGUAUCCUUCGACUUUGAGUCGUUUAGACACCGCCACUGGUUGCCCGUUUGCCAUAAACUAGGGUUACCAGAGACAUGCUUAGAGUCAAUUCGUCCGUGUACCCCUGUACAAUCAGGGAUGUUGGCUCUGUUUACCCAGUCUGAAGGCAGGCUGUACUUUAAUCACCUGGUACUUGAAUCAACUGUUCUUCUAGAUGCCCAAACUCUCCAGAAAGCAUGGAAUACCUUAACUGAAAAGCAUGAGAUUCUCAGAGCAGGUUUUGUCCAUGUGGAUGACGAUGAAUUUCCAUUCGCAAUGAUUACUUUUAAAAGAGGGGCAUUUCAGCUUCCAUGGGCUGAAAGGGCAGAGCUGGCAAUUCAUGGAAAUGAACGAUUCUCGGACAGGCAGCGAAUUUCAAAAAAUGCCUUUUCACAACUUCAUCGACCGCCAUGGCAGGUAUCUUUCCAGCAAAGUGGAUCACAUCUGUUAAUCCAAUUCUCGGCUCUACACUCUCUGUACGAUGCACACUCUCUAAGGUUGCUACUUUCGGAUCUUUCUGGAUUACUUAGGGGAGAGGCAUUGGCUCCAGCAAUUCCGAUUUUACCAAUUCAGAGUUCUAUUAUAUCUGCAAGUAUCCAGGCGUGUAAGGAUUUGAAAUGUGAAACGUUUUGGAAAGAAUUAGGAAACGAUCUACGUGCUACGAAAUUCCCUGAUAUGAAUCCUCUAUAUCAGAAGAAGGAAAUAAAUGUGUUAGCUAGGAAAUGCUCUGAAUCUCUCAAGUCUCUGCAGGAAGGUUGCAGAGUGGCGGGCGUCACCCUUCACGCUGCUGGACAAGCAUCUUGGGCUCGAAUACUUUCAUCUUACACAGGAGAGAGUAGAGUUACAUGUGGACUAGUGCUUUCUGGAAGAAACACAAUCGAAGGAGCGGAGAGAGCAGUGUUCCCGUGUCUUACUACUGUCCCUUCAUCAUAUAGUAUCGAGGGUUCUAAUGGGGAUCUGCUAAAGCGCAUUAUGAAAUUAGAUGCGUCGUUAGUGAAAUACCAAUUUACCCCCUUGUCAAAGAUUCGCCAAUGGGCAGGAUCAGGAUCGUCCCUUUUUGAUACAAUAUUUGUGUUUCAAAAGCAUCUGGCAACAACCACGAACGAAAAUUGGAAAGUUUACAACGAAGAAGCUAGAACUGAUUAUCCAAUAUCCAUCGAACUAAUACCAGUGGGAGGGACGCUCGAGUUCCAACUGACUUUCGAGACUGACAUUUUACCUAAAGGACAAGCCGAUAUUCUCUUAAGACAGUUGGAUGGUCUUUUGAUUGAUACUAUCUUCUAUCCCGAUUCACCUUGCACAUAUUUCACAGUCCUGGAGAGCAAAGAUCUUCUAUCGGCUAUUCCGGCGAAGGAACCUAAAAUCCCGUCUCCCGUUAAGUUGGUGCACCAGUUUGUCGAAUUUCAGGCUCGAGAUUUCCCGUUAAAAAUUGCUCUUGAAUUUGCUUCUAGAGUCCCUGGUAACGAUAAGCUUGUUAAACAAAAGUGGACAUACAAGGGGUUCAACAACAACAGUAAUAGAUACGCCAACCUCCUGCAAAGGAACGGAGCUUUUCGGGGAGAUUUGAUUGGUAUUUGCUUCGAUAAGUGCCCCGAAGCUUAUUUUGCUAUCUUAGCCAUUUUAAAAAUUGGCUGCGCCUAUGUCGCUCUCGAUCCGGGGGCUCCUGUGGCUCGGAAGAAGUUCAUUUUCGACGAUUCGGGUGCCAAGUUGUUGCUUUCCACAUCGGAUAAGAAAAAUGAGUUGGAGGGACUGCCAGUUAUGAUUUUGGAUGCUCCUGGUAUUCUAGAUGGCAUUCCAUCACAUCCUCCUAUAUUAGAGGAGGAGAUACGACCGCAAGACAGUUGCUACUGCCUGUACACAUCUGGAACAACGGGGACUCCGAAAGGCUGCGAGAUUACACAUGAAAAUGUUAUCCAGGCGAUGCUGUCGUUCCAGAGAUUAUUCAACGGUCACUGGGAUCAGACGUCCCGGUGGUUGCAGUUUGCCUCCUUCCAUUUCGAUGUCAGUGUUUUGGAGCAAUACUGGAGUUGGAGUGUUGGAAUAUGCGUCACCUCCUGCCCCAGGGACACAUUAUUUGAAGAUUUAGCGGGUACUAUUCGAGACCUUGAGAUCACCCAUAUCGACCUGACACCCAGUUUGGCGCGGUUGCUUAGUCCGAAGGAUGUUCCCUCGCUCUGUAGGGGGGUUUUUAUCACAGGUGGAGAGCAGCUAAAACAGGAAAUUCUUGAAGCCUGGGGGGAGUACAGAGUGAUAUAUAAUGGAUACGGCCCUACGGAGGUAACUAUCGGAUGCACAAUGUUUCCUCGAGUGCCACGAAAUGGCAAACCGUCAAAUAUUGGUCCUCAAUUUGAUAAUGUUGGUAGUUUUGUGUUCAAGCCGGGAACUACACUACCAGUCCUGCGGGGCGGGGUAGGGGAACUUUGCGUCUCAGGAGCACUUGUAGGUCGUGGGUAUCUCAAUAGACCUGCGUUGACGCAACAAAAGUUUCAAUAUGUUGACAAAUUAGGCGAACGGGUCUAUCGUACUGGAGAUCUUGUCCGUCUCCUCCAUGACGGAAGCUUUUGCUUUCUUGGACGCAUUGAUGACCAGGUCAAGCUACGUGGCCAGCGCCUUGAAAUAGGAGAGAUCAAUCAAGUUAUUUCGGAUUCCGCCGCGGAGGUGGGAGAAGUAGUAACCAUGGUUCUCAAGCAUUCAAGCCAAUCCCAAGAGCAGCUUAUAUCAUUUUUCGCCACGACUGCGUCGAAACGACACGGCAAACCGACCUCGCGAAUCGAUUUCGACUCCAGAAUGGAUACUAUUCUUGCCAAGAUACAUCAGGCAUGCCAUAAAACGCUUCCAGGAUAUAUGAUUCCCACACAUAUCAUACCAGUUACAGUUUUACCUCUAAAUGCGAAUAAUAAAAUAGACCAGCGGGAGCUAAAAGUAUUAUAUGACAAUAUGACGCUUGAAGAGAUGCAGCGGUUAUCUUCUCGGUCUUGGAACCAUUUCCAGAUCAUCUCUAAAGAUACAAAUAUGAUAAUGGCUCUCGCAUCCAAAAUGACGGGAGUCAACCUUUCCACAAUCUCGCCAUGGUCGAGCAUAUUUGAACUUGGACUAGACUCCAUUUCUGCCAUCGCCUUCUCAAGGCUCUUGAGAGACUCCGGAUUUGAGUCAGCUCAACCAUCUGUGUUAAUGAAAUAUCCUACUUUCAUAGCACUCGCUGAUGCCCUAGGCCGCACAGAAGAAGAUAACUCUGCUCAAAGAACGCAGUAUCAGGAAUCCAAACAACGGAUUGCAGCCUUCGCCCAUAGAAAUCUUGCACCAGUUGCACAAAAGCUCAAGAUUCCAUUAUCAUCCAUUGAAGGGGUGAUCCCAUGCACGCCGCUACAAGAAGGAAUGAUAUAUCGAUAUCUGGAGAGCCAAAAACCUUUAUACUUCACAAGCUUCAAUUUUGAGCUGGCGACGACUGUCAAUAUCUCUCGCCUAAAAUCUGCGUGGCUCAGCGCUCAGCGUGCUCUGCAGAUACUCCGCACAAAAUUUCCACUAGCCGCUGGAUGCUAUUGCCAAGCCAUCCUCAAAGAAGAUGAUUUCCCGUGGUUUGAAUUGGUCGUCUCGAAUGACAUUGAAGUUGAGGAUAUUUCGAACAGUCAAUACAAGAAGUGGUGUAGCGAGCCCUCCAACCUUACUGGAAGGGUUUGGGAGGUUGGUAUAGUGAUAGGGCCGACAAGGAGAUGGAUGUGCUUGAACAUUUUUCACGGGUUAUACGAUGGGAACUCUCUACCUCUUUUGCUAAAUCUGGUUUCGCAAGCAUAUGUCAACAACAAUAAUAUACCGGAAACGCCAUCCUAUCUUGAAUGUUUGAUUAAAGGCCCUUUCUGCAAAACACCUGGAGCGAAGGAAUUCUGGCUUAGACAUCUCAAUGGAUCUCCAAAGCCCUUACCAUUUACAAUUGGAGCACAAGGAGAUUAUUCGAUAGUUGCGACCCUGGAGAUUGGAAGUGAGGGAAAUCUUGAGACUUUAAGACGAAAGCUAGAUGUGUUGGAGCAGGCAGUGUUCUUAGGCUGUUGGCUGCGUGUCUUGGAAAGCCAUGUCGGCUUUGUACCAGUCGUGGGUAUUGUCGUAUCAGGAAGAGCACUUGAUAUGAAGGGUGCUGAAUACAUCAUUGGACCGCUAUUCAAUACUCUUCCCUUCAGCGUUUCAGACUCAAGUAAUAUUUCCAUGGCUGAUUUGGUACGAUCCUGUCACGCAUAUUAUGUUUCCACGCUCCAGUAUCAACACACUUCUCUUAGGGAGAUUAUGAAAUGGGUACCGCAACGAGGAGGAACGCCACUGUUUGACAAUCUGUUCGUAUUCCAACGAGAACCCGGCAAAUCCCUUGGUUCGGCAGACUCACUGUGGACCUUAAAAGCUUCUCAGGCGGGAUCAGACUAUCCAGUGGCUUUCGAGGUACAACGGAACCAUGAUGGCUCUCUUGCAAUAACACUUGUUGCACAGGCUGGUAUUCUUACCGUUGAAACUGCACAGCAACUCACCUUGCAGUUCCGUGAUGUACUGGUUAACUUCCUGGAUGAUCCGUCAAGCAGGGUAUAUCCUGCUGCCCGCGGAUCCGAUCUCGCUAAGAACAUAACUGUCGAUAGUGGUGAUAAUGUCGAACCAGUCACUGUUGGAUACAGCUCAGAUAGCUCGCUCUCUCCCUUCGAAUGGACGUUUAUGGCGUCUCGCCUUCGUGAAGAGAUUGCUUCACUUGCCAAUGUUGAUGUUCUCACUAUUCAGGAGACCACUUCUAUCUUUGAAGUUGGACUGGACAGCAUUGACGCCAUCAAACUGUCUUCCUGUCUAACAAAAGCUGGGAUGAGAUUUUCGGUUACUUCAAUUAUGCGUGGACGAACUAUUAAAAACAUCAUGUAUCUUGCAGAAUCUAGCGAUCAGAACGGAAUAGAGGAACUCCAAACAUCGUUAGAAACCCUGGAAUCAGAACUUCGCCAUUAUUUUGAAAAAGAUGAAUGGGAUCUAGCUGGUAUCGAAAGAAUCCUGCCGGCAUCGCCUCUCCAAGAAGCAAUGGUCGCAGAAAUGGUCGUUUCUGAUUUUAAACGCUACUUUAAUCAUGACCUGCUUGAAAUCAAGGAUAAUGUGGAUAUCGAUAUACUAAAAAGGGCUUGGCAGAAGAUCGUCGACCUCAACCCAAUCUUAAGGACUUCUUUCGUUGAGGUUUCUAACCCAAGGUUUCCGUUUACUUAUGCUCAAUUAGUCCAUGCUCCUGGGAUUCCAAUAAACUGGAGCGUGAUCGAUAUCGCUGGAAGAUCGCUUGAUACUUUGUUAGAAGCGCAACGGCAAGAAGCAAUUGCUUUGGGUUCCGCGAAGCGACCCCUACUGAAGAUCCAAGUGCUGAGCUCGGCAAACUCAGGGGGCAAAAGGCUAAUGUUCCUCUCUAUGCCACAUGCUAUGUACGAUGGUUGGUCAUUAGAUCUUCUCCAUAGGGAUAUCGCGACCUAUUACUCUGGUCAAAGCCCAAAUAUUAGGGAAUCGUGCGAUAAAGUUCUAGGCCGUAUUUUGAACUCGACCAGCGAGCUGGGCUUACAAUUCUGGAAAGGAGCUCUUAGUGGAGUUCGUCCAUCUGCUUUCCCGAAGCAGAUGGAUGCAGGAAAAGAUGGGUCAAAGGUCCAUCGGAAGGAGAAGGUUCUGAGUAUUUCGCGACUGGGUGUCAUCUCAUUUUGCAAGGCGCAAGGUGUCACGCUUCAAGCACUCGGAUUGACAUGUUGGGCUCUUGUACUCGCUGGCUACUUGAGAAAAUUGGAUGUCGUUUUCGGCACGGUCCUGGCGGGAAGAGAUAUCCAAGACGCCAAUGCGGAGCAAAUAAUGUUUCCGCUGAUGAAUUCAGUGGCUGUCCGUAUCGUCUUGCACGGUAGCCGGUCAGACAUGCUGAGAUAUGUUCAGGACACAUUAGUUUCUAUCUCUGAGUAUCAGCACAUCCCUUUGCGAACUGCAAAGCAAGCAUUAGGUUUCGGAAGUCAAAUUUUGUUUGAUACCCUAUUCAUCUUUCAGAAAAGACCAGCUCGAGAUAUGAGCUUGCAAGAGCCGUUGUACAAGUCUGUUGGAGGGCAUGCUGAUGUUGAGUAUCCGGUAUGCAUUGAAAUGGAAGAAAUUAGUGAUUCCAUACUGUGGCGUGUUGCUUGUAGGGAUACCGUGCUGGGGGAGCCAGAUGUCUCCAAGCUCCUCGAUAGGGUCAAUUUUGUGUUUGACAGCAUCUUCAGACACCCUGACAGUAGAACAAUCGAUUUCAACGAUGACGGCAUGUCGAUCGUUCAGUGUCCUGUAUUUCAAGAGCAGGAUGAUUGCGAAGACAAAGAUUUUAAUAAUACCAAGCAAGCUGACAUGGAAUUCUCUCCUCUAGAACAGGAAGUUCGACUGGUCCUGUCUUCAGUAUCAAAUAUCCCAAUUGAGGAAAUCACUAGAGAUACAACACUUUUCCAUCUUGGUUUGGACAGCAUCAGCGCCAUCAAAGUAGCUGCGCUGUUGAAGAGGAAAAAUAUUAUACUUUCUGUAAGUGAUAUGUUGAGAUCCGGAACGAUUCCCCGCAUGGCGCGUGUGGCCAGGCCAAACGAAGAUGAUUAUCCCCUAGAAGGCCACUCUGCAGUUCUGGGGAUGACACUGGAAGAAGUAAAUACACCAGCGCUUCUGCAAACCCAAGGGCUUAACCCUGACAACAUCGAAAAAGUUAUGUUGGCCACCGCGGGACAGGUAUAUAUGCUAAAUGUGCACGUCAACUCGAACGGGCAACUUUUCUAUCCUUGCUUUUUCUACCGGGCCGAAGGAGCGGCGAUAGCAAAGGACGCACUCGAGAUAGCCUGGGCGAGUUUAAUUGAAAAGCUUCCGAUCCUACGAACGCAGUUCAUACGUACAGGGAAGCGGUCUCUACCUUAUCUACAAGUAGUGCUUAAGGAUGUGGUCAAUCCCAUCGUAUGGCAGAAAGAUUUGAAAGCUCAGAAAAUCAGACAUCUCGGCAUCCAUUCUGGCAACCGAGUACCAGUGACACUGUAUGCUUCACAAUGCCUCGGGGAAACGAUAUUGAUGCUCCAUAUCCAUCAUGCCCUGUACGAUGCUAUCAGUCUGCCCCGAAUGAUCAAUCUGCUUGCGGCCUUUUGCGCCAGCCCAAACACAAACCGUCAAGUCUCCUGUAAAGUUGACAUCUCAGAGCUGAUAGUCUAUCAGCACAUCAAAUCCCCAAUACAGAUGCGGGAAAAGUUUUGGAGAAAAUAUCUCACUCCCGACAUCGAUAUGGAGCAACAGCGAAUACCACCUCCGAAUCUCAACCCACCCAUGAACGUAGAUAUGAUACAAAUCUAUCGCAAAUCCUUGGUGAAAGACAUCAACAAGCUCGAGAAACUCGGACGUGUUCAUGGCGUCAGUGCGCAAGCGUUGUUUUUGGCCGUCUAUGCCAAAGUCCACGCAUCCAACAUCAUACCAUCAAGCCUUAACACCAUUAAAAUACCUAGAAAUCUGGUCAUCGGUGUCUACCUGGCCAAUCGCUCACAUUCCCUCGACGGCCUUCCACAGCUAAUUGCACCGACGCUCAACAUUGUUCCCCUGCGCAUUUCUAUUGAGGGAGAUGGGAAAUGGCCAAUAUUCGACAUGGCCCAAACCAUACAACGCGACUUGCAUGAGGUUGGCCGGGUGGAGAAUUCGUGUGUGUCAUUGAUCGAGAUUUCAGAUUGGACUGGGGUGAGAGUGGAUACGUUUGUGAAUUUUAUUAAGCUACCCGAUACAACAGAAAUGAUAGAAGGCCAUGGAGGAAGCGGUUCUUCGGCAUUUACAGAAAGGGCAGUUCAGUUCUCCCCGUUGGAGGAAGGGAAGGUUGAUGACAAUAGUUGUGAUUAUUGUUAUGGCGACGGUGGUGGCGACACUGAUGCAGUUUUGGAGAAUGGCGAUGAAGAACAAAGGCUUACUGGCAUUCCGAGACCCAAUGGAAAUAAAAACUGUGGGAAUCAUCAUGACAACAAGCUAGGGGGAUAUGACGAACAUCCAGUGUCGAAUGGCACAUAUCCGGAUAUUUUCAUGUCGGGUAUCGACGUGGAAGCUGCGAUUAGAGAUAAUGCACUGGAUGUUGGGAUAUUUAGCGGAAGUGAUCGAAUCAGUAGGGCUGACGCAGGCCAUGUGCUUGAUGAAUUACGACGGGAGAUACUUGAAAUAAUGACGUAG